AUAAAGUGCGCUGCCACCACGUGGUUCGACGGAUUCGCCAACACACAACGCCAAACACUCGACCCUCGAGGCGUCUGCGGCAGGAUCUGCAACGGAAGGACCCCAGCGAUAGAGGUGCCGCUUCAUCACCCAACGCAGUGCCGUGUAGCGGAUAGGACAGCCAACAACACAAUGCAGUUACGUAAAAUCACUGAAACGUCGUGGGCUUCGGCCAUCGCGUUGACAUUACUUCUACUGGUUUUCGCCUCUACCAUCGACACCACAUCCGCCCUCAGCUACCGAGGCUACAAACAAGAAAUGAAAGAACAACCGGACGACGUACUUAUCGAUCUAAUUGCACGAUACGGCCACACGAUGCUGCGAGCCAAAGAUGAAUUAGAAAACUCUAAGCGGACGGUAGACUUUGGACUAUCUCGUGGCUACUCAGGGGCACAAGAAGCGAAACAUCGGAUGGCCAUGGCGGUCGCCAACUUCGCCGGUGGCCCUGGGCGGAAACGAAGAUUCGAGGGAAUCAUGCUGUAAAUCUGGAAAUUGAAGCGAGCCAAACAAUUCCUGUCAUGUUAUCAUGAAUAAGUGCAAUACGACCGAGUUACGGAAACCGACGAAAUGAGCCUCACAACACAAUCAAUUCGAGCAAUACAACCGCUUUUUUGUCUUCUGUCUAUUGUUGAACGUAGAGUUUAAAUAAAUUAAAGCCAGUUUUGAUAGAAAUGUAUCAAUGAUGAUGUA